AUUACUUUCUUCUCAUACCUUCCUCUGGCUUCGUUAAUAAACGCUGGUACUUUAGUCGAUAAGAUAACCCGAUUAUCAUUUAAAUCGUAUAAGAUACAAGGGUAUAAAGGCAGUAGUUAACUUGAAACGUUUAAUCGCCGUUUAUUCCUCUUUGCGUUCACAUUAUUAGCAACGAAAUUCCACCAGCAUGACUCUUGAGAAAUGGGAAAAUAAUGAGGAAAUUCAAAUAUUCCGUGAAUACUUGCGGAUUCCUUCCGUGCAUCCUGAUAUUGAUUAUACUGCCUGUGUGGAAUUUAUAAAGCGUCAGGCGGAUUCCCUGGAACUCCCCGUGGAUGCGGUCUAUCCAGCAGUUGAGUCAAAACCUGUGGUAAUCAUCAAAUGGCUGGGAACCUCUCCAGAGCUACCUUCGAUCAUCCUGAACUCCCAUAUGGACGUUGUGCCCGUAUUUCCGGACAAGUGGACCCAUGAACCCUUUAGCGCCCACUUGGAUAAGGAGGGCAGGAUCUUUGCCCGAGGUACUCAGGACAUGAAAUCGGUGGGCACUCAGUAUCUCGGAGCAAUUCGCCUGCUUAAAGCCAGCGGUUUUCAGCCCAAGCGUACUGUUUAUGUGGCCUUUAAUCCUGACGAGGAGACGGGUGGUGUGCUUGGAGUCGCAGAGUUUGUGAAAACAGACUACUACAAACAGAUGAAUGUGGGAUUUAGCAUGGACGAAGGAGCCACAAGCCCGAGUGAUGUACAUUUGCUUUUCUACGCCGAGCGGAUUCGAUGGGUUUUGAAAUUGAAGGUUAGUGGAACCUCUGGGCAUGGUUCUCUUUUGCUGCCCAACUCCGCCGGUGUGAAGUUUAACUAUGUGUUGAACAAACUAUUGGAAUUCCGUGAGUCGCAGAAUCAGCGACUGAAAGGCGACCAGAACUUGGACAUUGGUGAUGUCACCACUGUGAAUCUCACCCAGUUGAGUGGCGGAGUGCAGAGCAAUGUGGUUCCACCGCUCUUUGAGGCCGUCUUCGAUAUGCGAUUGUCCAUAACCCUGGACUUGGCUUCCUUUGAGAAGCAGAUCCGUGAAUGGUGUGCGGAGGCGGGCGGAGGGAUUGAGAUGGACUUCCUGCAAAAGGAAUCUUAUGUGGCACCCACUAAGCUGAACGAUUCGAACCCCUUCUGGUUGGCUUUUAAAAAAGCCACAGAUGAACUUGGACUUAAGAUAAAGCCCAUUGUAUGCUUCGGGGCCACUGACUGCCGUUUUAUACGGGAGCAGGGAACACCAGCCAUUGGCUUCUCUCCAAUCAUAAAUACUCCUGUUCUAAUCCACGAUCAUGAUGAAUUUUUGCAGGCUGAUAUGUACUUGAAUGGCAUUCAGGUAUACAAGAAGAUUAUUCGCAAUCUCUCUGAGGUCUAG